AUGAGGGUCAGAGAUGAGCUAAAGAGCUGGACAGUGUGUUCACGGUCCCUGCUGACGUCAGCACGGAGGGAGACCUGCACUUCAAACAGCUGCAGAGCCUCGCCCGCGCUCUCGCCCGUGCCUGCGAUUCACCUGCAGUGUGGUCAACAUUCUGUACAGAGUCAGAGCUUAAAGCGCCGUUGUAGACGCUCUAUGGGUGCUCGUUCAGCUGUUGCUGUGUGUAAACGCAUCUGUGACAGGCAGAAGGAUGCAGUCCAAGGUGUUCUGUGUUUGUCAUUCCCACUGAAUCUACCAGGAAAACCACAAACAAAUGUUGAGCGGAGCCAUGGCCUGCUUGCACUGCCAAAUGUCUGGUCUGUGCUGUUUGUUUCUGGCACUGCAGAUAACAUGUGUGAACAGAAUCUUCUACAAAGUAUUAUGCAUGUUAUGAAAAGCACUUCUGCUGUUCAUUGGGUCAAGGAUGCAAACCAUGGACUCACAGUGCGUGGCAGAACAGAAGAAUCAGUACUGGAGGAAGUCAGCUGUUAAUAUGGU